ACGCCCUCACGCAACCACAACAACCAACUAGUUUUGUCGUUUCCGCCAUUAUCUUCUUUCCCUUCACAGCCCCUACCAAUUCAUCAUCUUCAUCAAAACCUCUUUUACCUAUUUUUCAGGUUUAUCAAAUCAAGACCUAAAAUAGUAAUUUCCAUUUCACUCUCCGAUCCAAUCCAAACCCUCCACUCGUUCCACCACCACCGGCCUCGGAUUCCUUCCAGAUAGAUCUUUCUCGAUUUCCGUCGCAUCCAUGGCGGCGGCGGCGGCGACGGAGGACCGGAGCGCGAGGCGCAACCGCCUCGUCGACGAGGUCCUGGACUGCGUCAUCCCUUACAUCGACGACCCUAAGGACCGUGACGCCGUGUCUCAGGUGUGUAAGUGCUGGUACGAGCUUGACUCGUUGACUCGGAAGCAUGUGACGAUUGCGCUCUGCUACACCACCACGCCGGCGAGGCUUCGACGCCGGUUCCCGCACCUGGAGUCGCUGAAGCUGAAGGGGAAGCCUCGGGCGGCGAUGUUCAACUUGAUUCCGGAGGAUUGGGGUGGUCACGUUACGCCUUGGGUGUUGGAGAUCAAUCAGUACUUUGAUUGCCUCAAGAGUCUCCACUUUCGCCGGAUGAUCGUCAAGGAUAACGAUCUUCUCCUUCUUGCUCAAUCGCGUGGUCCUGUGCUGCACAGUCUUAAGCUUGAUAAGUGUUGUGGGUUUUCCACUGAUGGCCUUUUACAUGUUAGUCGCUUCUGCAGGAAUUUAAGAGUACUACUUUUGGAGGAAAGCUCAAUUGACGAGAAAGAUGGUGAAUGGCUACAUGAGCUUGCUUUGAGCAAUACAGUUCUUGAGUCUCUGAAUUUUUACUUGACAGAUGUUGCUGCUGUCAAAAUUGAGGACCUUGAACUUUUAGCCAAAAAUUGCCCGAACCUAGUUUCUGUGAAAAUUACUGAAUAUGAAAUUUCAAAUCUUGUGAACUUCUUCCGGCAAGCAUCUUCUCUGGAAGAAUUUUGCGGAGGCAUCUACAAUGAGGAACCCGAAAUAUACUCUGCUGUAUCAUUACCAGCAAAGUUAUGUCGAUUGGGUUUAACAUACAUUGGAAAGAAUGAGUUGCCGAUGAUGCUCAUGUUCGCAGCUGCACUAACAAAAUUGGAUCUCCUCUAUGCCUUGCUGGAUACAGAUGAUCAUUGCAUGUUGAUCCAGAAGUGCCCAAAUUUAGAAGUCCUUGAGACAAGAAAUGUAAUUGGAGAUAGAGGAUUAGAAGUUCUCGGUAGCUGUUGUAAGAGGCUAAAAAGACUUAGGAUUGAACGUGGUGAUGAUGAAGGAGAAACAGUUUCCCAUAGAGGAUUAAUUGCUUUAUCAGAGGGCUGUUCAGAGCUUGAAUAUUUGGCUGUUUACGUUUCUGAUAUCACCAAUGCAUCCCUGGAACACAUGGGCACUCACUUGAGAAACCUCUGCGAUUUCCGUCUCGUGUUACUCGACCAAGAAGAGAAAAUAACAGAUCUGCCACUCGACAGAGGAGUUCAAGCUUUGCUGAGGGGGUGCGACAAGCUUAAAAGAUUCGCACUGUAUCUGCGGCGAGGGGGGUUGACCGAUGUAGGUCUCAGUUACAUAGGGCAGUACAGCCAAAAUGUGAGGUGGAUGUUGUUGGGGGCUGUGGGGGAGACUGAUGAAGGGCUUUUGGAGUUUGCGAAGGGAUGCCCCAACCUUCAGAAACUUGAAAUGAGAGGCUGUUCAUUUUUCAGUGAGCAUGCACUGGCUGUUGCUGCAACACAACUAACUUCUCUUAGGUACUUGUGGGUGCAAGGGUACGGUGCAUCUCCUACCGGACGCGAUCUUUUGGCAAUGGCACGCCCCUUUUGGAACAUUGAGUUAAUUCCAUCUAGAAGGGUGGUCGUUAAUAACAACAUGGAUGGGCCUGUGGUUUCUGUUCAUCAUCCAGCUCAUAUUCUUGCAUAUUACUCUCUUGCAGGCCAAAGAUCAGAUUUUCCAGAUACUGUUGUACCUUUGGACCCUGCAACAUUUGUUGAACCCUAGAAUUGUGUAAAUACUAAUUUUUGUGUUUUUUUUUUCUUCUCCCCUCUCAAAUCUUUGCUUGUAAGUUCCAGCUGUAUUUGUAAUUCAGGUUUCUCAUUUUUCUCUGCAACUCCCUAGAUUAUAAUAGUUUUGUAAUAAGCCUUUGUCUUCAUUUUGUAAUUCAGAAAUGCUACUGCCAACUCAUGGAUUUUGUUCCCUCUAAACUGAAGGUUCUCUAUUUUGUGAAUAAGAAUGAAAUGAACCGAUUGUGUAGA